AAAAUUUUAAAUUUAGAUAUAAUAUUAAUUUAUUGAAAAAUGUAGGAUUGAAAGAAAAAAGAAAAAUAUAUUAAAAUUUUAUAAGGAAUCAAACAAAGGAUAUGGUAUAUAGUGUUUUUUGGUUAUUUAUUUUUAUUAGUUACACUCGAGAAGACUAACCAUCUCCAGAGACCACAAGUUCUGUUCCAUGUUGACGAAAUAAAUGAUGUAGAACAAUCUGUGCUUGAGGAUGAGGAGAAAUUUGUUCGUGGGAGGGACUUGAAGUUCCGGGCCGGAUCAAGGAGGACUAGAUCUAUGUCUCCUUUGAGAACUACGUCUUUGGAGUGGCACGAAGAUGAAGAAAAUGCCGAGAAGAAAAGGCAAAAUGAAGAAUCUAAGCACGAAGCUUUGGGGCUGGGUGAAACACCAGCAUCUGCAUCUGAAUCUUCCUCGAGAUCUUCUUCAGUUGGGAGGAAGUGGAUUUUCCUCAAAGAGUUUCUGUACAGAAGUAAAAGUGAAGGAAGAAACAAUAGCCACAAGUUUUGGGGCUCUCUAUCUUUUUCACCUUCGAAAGAUAAGAAAAUGACAUCAAUUAGAGGCCUAGAGAUUGCAAUUUAUGGAGAGGGGAAGAAGAAAGAGGUGAAAAAGAAAGCUUCAAACGGCGUGGGAAAAAGAAGGGUUCCACCAUCUCCACACGAAUUGCAUUACACUGCAAAUCGAGCACAAGCAGAGGAGAUGAAGAAGAAGACAUUCUUUCCAUACAGGCAAGGUUUGUUCGAUUGUAUGGGGUUCAGCUCAAAGAGUUAUAGUGCCAUGAAUGGUUUUGUUAAGAGCUUUGAACCUAGUGUCUUCAAGCUAAUGUAUUUUGCUGGGUGGGUUUUGUAUAGAAAUAUGUUUUAGGUGUUUCGUCUUUUUAGACUGGGUUUUUGUAUAGAAAUAUGUUUUAGGUGGGUUUUGUAUAGAAAUUUGUUUGUGUAAAUUCAGCCCCCAUUUUCUGAAAAUGAAAAAUGGUCAGAAUAAUAUUUUUUUGAAAAAUGAGAGGUUGA